GCUUCCGCUUACGGCGCUGCGUUUUGUGAGUGGUUACUGGACAUCUGAAGGCUGCUAAGUCGCUGAAGUGUGCAAAUAUGAAUCCUGUCUUGAGAGAGAUGCCGAGACAAGCGCUGUUCCUCUGCAGCCGAGGAAGAAGAAGCUGCUUUCGUCUUCCACGGGCUCCCGCGUGUCCCCGGCUUCCGGUGUGGGGAGGCGUGGCGCGGACACAAGAAAGGCAAUACAGAGGUUCUCCGACCGAAGGCAUUGGGAGGUGGCGCCAUCUCUUACCCAGAGAAGCGCCAAAGAAAAAGAAAGACAAGCAUCAGAUGCAGAGCAUCGCGGCCGCCACGGACACGGCGUACGGGACCCUCAACGUCAACGUGUCGGGCUACGACAUGACGGCGGUGGAGCACUUCGCCCAGUACGUCCACAACCUGUGCACCCGGCUGGGCGUCAGCGUGGCGGAGAGCUACUCGCUGCCCACCGUAAGCGCCGAGCUGAUGCUGACGCAGGAGAGCGGCACCAAGAUGUACGUCGACUCGCUUUUGAAGACCCACAGACGUGUCAUUCAGUUUUCAAAUCUCGAAAAAAAACCAAACUCCCAAGUCUCAGUGCGCCACCGUACAAGCGGACUGGCCGAAGUGAAAAUUGAGCUCCCACGUGACGAUGCCGCACACACAGCUGCAGAGCCUGAAGGCGUCGCUGUGUCCCAUCUUGAUGGACGUCCUGCUGACGAACCAGCCGGAGGGCGUCGACCUGUCAGCGAAGGAGCACACGGAAGCUGACUUCCUGGCCCGCUUCAAGGCGCGACCCGAGCUGGAGGGUCUCAUGGCUCAGAUGAGUCCAUAGGUUCUGUGUGUAAGAUUGUUGCUUGUUUGUAAAAUUGGUUUUGGCACUGUAUGUUGAGUUGUGUGAAAUAAACAAUUCGAUGCUA